CCCACCCGUCUUGGAUACCCGAGUUUCACCGUAGAGAAACAUCAACAUAGUAACCCGGGAAAGGCAACCGUAGAGGCGGGUAGCGACGUUUCUUUCCAAGAAUCUCACCGCCGACCUGGAUACUUUGUUACCGGGACAAACGCUGAGACAACAACAACAACAACAACAACAAUGGGCGCAUGUCGCUGGAAAAAGUUGCUAGCUUAGUUGGCACAACUGUUAGCUAACAUUGGUUUGCUAACAGUUAGCUGGCUAACGUUAGCAAACAGACAGCGGAGCGAAACUGAAGAAGUCCGGAGAAGUUUGGAUUUUCUUAUCACGGGGACGUCGGCAUGUAUGUGGACAUCUAGACCCAUCGGAUCGUUUCCCCAGAAGGUGAACGGGAGAGAUGAGGAGCAGCAGGAGAACGGAGGUGUCUCUUAAAAGCUCUGCUCAGCAGCUCACAGAUCACAAUAUUGGCACAGAGCUGACAACUGCAUGGAAAAGUUUGGCUCAGUCCAAAGCUGCUUUACGGCAUAUAGAAAACCGUCUAGAGGCAGCUCCAGGGACAGGGGUUCUCCUGGAAUCUGUCAUGGACCCCCCCAAGAAGAAGUCCUCCAGGACGGUCCGUUGCAGGGAUGGACAACAAGCUGAUGACAGUGGAGGGUCAUCAAAGCACAGGGGGCGUAGUCAGCAGAGUCCAGAAAAGAGCAGCUCACGCAGCCCCCUGAGAAAUACCACCCAGGACAGCAAUGUCCGCAGAAACAACAGCGUUGAGUUCAGGGAACCGCUGGCCUCCUACAGAGAGGCCACCCCUCCACCACAUCCCUCCUCUCAGCUAGAGGCCUACAGUCUGCAGUCAGUGCCAGGGUCUGCAUGCCCAUCCUCUACGCCUCCUUCAGACCCUCUUCUCAGCCAACUGGUCUACCAGAGAGACACCAGGGACAAACAAACAGACAGGGACCUGGACAGCACACACUCCUCGGCUCUGGAAAGCACUGAGGUCCGCUACCUCAAUGACCAGCCAGCCCUGGUCACCCUGAGGACUUCUGGAAACCAGUCACAUCUCACAGGUGGACGAGUCCGAGCAAGGGAGGGGGCUGAAGAGGAAAGCACUCCCAAAGCACAAUUUGGCAUGGAUAGCCAAGAGUCAAGCCCGUGUUUAGCUCCAGCCCCAGGCUCUAUACGCCGAGGGGAGAGCACUCCCUCCACCAGCCCUGGCUCAGCUUCCCAGCGGCUGGAGAACCUAAGGCGACAUCAGCCUGAUGAUAAGCUGGAGAAGCUUAAAGAACGUAUUCGGAGGCAGAGGCAACAUCUGGAGGAGGCUGCAGAGAGGGAGAAGCUGCUGGGUUAUCUGGAACAGCCCAUUAUGGAAGCUGUGGGGAGUAACAAUGCUGGUACCAGCAACAUGCCCAAAGCCAAAAUACGGAAAGUAGCAGCUGCACCACCUGCACCUAUAUACAAAGGUUUCAACAGUGCUGAGACAAAGAUCCAGACUCCUGAUGGGAAAGUUUGGAAGGAGGAUGAGUUUCAUAACCUCAGCAGAGAAAUAUACAGAGACCUGUCAAGACAGUUUGCUGAGAGCACCAGAUCCAGGCAUCAGCAGCAGAGGGAACAGAGACCAGACAGGUCCAAAGAGAGGAGGCCUACCAAACCAGUCAGGAAGGUCCACAGAGCUGCUCCUUCCUCUGACCUAAAUGCAAAACCAGUGAUAAGUCCUGCAUCGUGGCGAGAGGGCCAAAAGCUGGUAAAGAUGGUACUGGGUCCAGUUCCCAAGCUGCCCAGGGAGGACAGGCCCCAGACAGCUGAUGGACUGAGCAGAACAGCUUCCCAUCGCCGUUCCAGUUCAGACCCGCGCUCAGAAUCAAAACCACGGUCUCAACCUAACAGCACAGAAAGGCCUCAUAGUGGAUUCCGAGGGCACUCCAAAAGCCUUUCUACAAAUACAUCUACCCCUUCACCUGCAGAUCGUGAAAGGGCCCCAGUGGGUAUAAGCGCGGACCUGUUGUCAGCAGACAUCCAAGGGAUACUUGAUGACCUUCAGCUGGAGUGCAAAGCAGCUGAGAAGGAGGAGAGGGUUCGUCAAAGGUCCCGGGGUGGGAGGAGUGGUAGGAGAGGUAGAGGGGGAUCAGGGUCGCAAACAAGGACUCCAGUCUCUGCUUGGGGAACUACGUUUGCAAUGGGUAGCUCCUCAAGAGGGUGCCGUAGUGCCAGCCCCAGUACACGCCGACCAGAGACUGCUAACAUAGCUGACACAGGGCACAAAAAGCGUCACUAUGAUGCCGAUACUGUUCGCCAGUACAUUUCCAAGCAACAAGAAGAGAGAAAGAGGCGUCAAGCAGAAGAGAAGAGGGCACUGAGGGAAGAGGCAGAGAGAAGAAACCAGAGAUUGCAGGAGCUCUACAGGAAGCAAAAAGUAGUGGCUAAGACAGUGGCCCUUCCCAGUGAGGCACCUGUGGCCCCUGUGCAAAAGCGACUACAGGAGACCUACAAUAAACUGCUACUGGAGGAGGCCCAACUGGGCGACGAGGCCACACAGAUGCAACCUGCUGCUCCUUCCAGUCAAAUGAGACCGAUGUACCAGCCCUCAGGAGAGUCGGACAAAGAAAACAAAAGACUAGAAGCACCACAGAGCCCCUCAAGCAGUGAUAGAUCUUUGAAUGACCAGCCACCUCCUUCAUUAUCCAGGAAUGAUUUGGAUGCUGGAGUUGCCUCUUUGCUUCAGCCUGACCAUCUGAGCCCAGCUGUUCGACCUAUGACUGGUCCCAGCAGCAGUGCACUAGCCCCUUUUGGUGACCAUCUCCUCUCUCGGCUUCUCAGGCUGGAAACUGCAGUGGCAGCUUGUGACGUCCAGCACACCCAGCGGUCAGUCACAGUACCUACCAACAGGUCCAAGAUGUCCCGCAUUGAGGCCCUCAAGGCCACAGCCGCAUCCCUCUCCAACCGCAUAGAAAGUGAGGCACGGAAGCUUGCUGGGGAGGGGAUCAACUAUGGUACAGCAACUUCAAUGGACGUGGAUACUAUUUUGGCACCUAGACCCUCUCAAGCAAAUCCUGAUGAUGGACGCUGGGCAGAAAUGGCUGCCACAGAAAAUAAUGACAUGGCAUUCCAGAGGGUCCAUAGGAUUUUGACUAGCACAGGUCAUAGUUCAUACAAUGGCACAUCUCUUCCAGGAGCAGGCAAUCUGCAUGCCCUCAGGGGACAGAAAGAAACGAAGGGUACACACACCAGUUUGACUGAUCCACAAACACCCCCUGCUGAUCUAACAGGCACUAUUCUUAACAGUUACACACAUGAAAGGAGGAAGCUAGUCAAUGGCUUGGAAAAGGUAGAGAGAAUGGAUAAAAUGGCACAAAGGAGAGGAUUUGGAUUAACAGAGGAUAAGAAUCAGACAGAUCUCCAUGACUCAAGUGCCGGUUCCAUCAGUGAGGGUCCUCUUCUGAGUGAAGGAAGUUUUUCUGAGGAUGAGACAAGCCCUCCUCACCCCUCCAGCAAUCGUGUAACUAGAGCAGCAGACUGCCUGGAGGCAGUGGACUACUGUGCUGGUCAGAGAAGGGAUUACCACCGUUUGUCAGAGUUCCAGAGGGAGGCAGUGAGGUGCUCGGCCCUCAGCUCACCCUUUGCACAGCAUGAUGGCAGCAAAGCAGCAUGGGAGGAGCUGAACAGAGGAAGCCCUCUAAGUGUUAUCAACAUUUUCACUAAGAACCUUCAUGGCCAUGUUAGAGUGAGUGAGAGGAACUCUCCCCCUGCCCAUUCUUUGCACUCUGAAAGUGGGCCCGUAGACGCAGCAGUCUAUGAAGAUGACUUUGUUUCAUCCCAUAGCAGCGGAGCCAGUGGGCAGUUAAAGAGAGCUUCCAAUUCACGCAGCGUGAACAAUCAUUUUGAGGAGCUCAUGAGGAGGUCUCCUUAUGAGAAAAGCAUAGGAGGUGUCAAUUCACACCAUUCAUCCUUUCACUCAUCUAUUCACUCACCGCAUCUUUCCUCUGGUUCACCAUCUGGCUCCUCACCCAAGCACUCUGCCAGAAAAAGAGGCACAGCAUCAGACCAGAGUGAUGCCACUCUGGUGGAAGAACAGAGGAGCUCCUGCUCACCUCCCUCAGUGGCAUUAUCAUCUGACUCCAGGAAAAGGGGCUCAGACAAAAGCUCUGCCCACAGCCAGGCCACAAGUGUCCACUCUAAUGACACUUCAGGAGAAAUUUGUCACCAAAGUUUGGGAAUUGACAGUAGGAAGUCUUCAGCAGUCAGGACCAAACAGGCCUCUCCUUCUGGCUCUCCAGACCCUGGUUCUCCUCCAGGAGCAGAUUCUCUCAGUGAGCCUUUGAGAAGUGGCUCUCUUGCAACAAUUAACCCAAGCACAGGCACCAUAGCUCGCAACGGUAGAGCAGACACCAAGGCCACAGGUGAGCUACAGUAUUCCCCUGCUGUCUUGCAGCAGCGCAUGGCAGCAGAGCUCCAGUACUUGGAGUCCAUUGAAGAGUCAGUCCGACAGCUGGGGGAUGUGGAGAGGCUGAUGGGUGUGUCUAUGGCUCAGCAAGAGAGCGCAUCAUUGGCCCAGAUGCUCAAGGUCAAGCAGCAGCGCCAUGAGCGUGACCUCUACGAGCUGAAGAUCAAGGCUGAAAGGGAAGCCCUGGAGACACAGCUACAGCUGGAGGAAAACAGGCAGAGAGUGGCCAGGGCUCAUAUUGAACUGCAGGAAAGCUUGGCUGGAACUCAAAAAGAGACUUUGGAGGGGCUCCAGGAAGCAACUACAAAGAUGAUGAGUCAACAGGCUGAGGCAGCACGGUACACAGCCGACACUGCCCGACACAUCAUGGAGAUGACAGAACUGGCUCGGUCACAAAUAGCAGGAGCUUUGGUUGUCCCCCCCGUUGCCACCGAUUCCUCCAUGUUGGACAAGCGGGAAGAACAGCAGCAACAGGAAAAAAUAGACUCUGACAGCUUCCAGAGUGAGUUGUCAAGCAGAAGGAUCAGGAAAGAGGAACCCCUGUCUUCGCUGAACAGCCUUAGUCACUCUGACUCUCUAUCUUUCAGAAGACCCAACCUCAGUGGAGUAGACUCUAAUAGCCACCACAGCCCGUCGCAUGUCUCCUCGGACCUCAGAGAACGGACGAAAAAAGAAGCAGUUGAGGGGAAAUGGAGCAAGGGAGGACAGAGGACGGAGAAGGAAGCAGUCAGCAGCUCCAUCGAAGACGAAGUUCUUACAGCAGCAAAUGACUCCCUCUGCAGUGACAGCUUCCCCUCUGUAGUGGAUGAGAAAGGGGACAGUACUUCAGUGGCAACAGAGUACUCUCUUAAAUUUGAUGAGUCCAUGACAGAGGAUGAGAUAGAAGAGCGCUCCUUCCGCUCUCUGCUGCCAUCUGAAGCGCACCGUCGUGGAACUAAGGAGAAGAAAUCCCGCCACCACGAGGAAUCAGAGGACGAUGGAUCCAAUUACAACACAACAUUGGUUUCAGGGGCACACAAUAUCUUAAAGUCUCAGGAUGCAAACAUGGCCUUUUCUGGUGGACAGGACAGCUUUUCCCAGUUCACUAUGGACAUGGUGCGUCAGUACAUGAAAGAUGAAGAGGUAAGACUGCAGCAUCAGAGCUCUUUGCUGCGUCUUCGCCAGAAAGCUCUCAAAGAGAAGACAAGAACUGAGCUGGCCUGGCUAGAGCACCAGAAGAAGCGGCUGAGGGACAAGGGAGAGGAUGACAAAAUGCCACCUAUUAGGAAGAAGCAGAGGGGGCUUCUGUUGAAACUACAGCAGGAGCAGGCUGAGAUCAAGCGACUUCAAGAGGCCAACAAAGCAGCCAGGAAGGAAAGGCAGCUGUUGCUGAAGCAGCAGGAGGAGAUAGAGCGGAUGAGAAACUCAACGCUGAGACUAAAGGAGCGUCUCAAGAGUGCUGGGGGUGAAGCACCACCUGAGACUCCUGUGUCAGAAACCCCUAUGUCUGAGGCAGCCUCCUCCAACAUGAGACAUGCUGAGGAUAUCCGCAGCCCCUCCCCCUCACUCUCCAUCUCUGGAAGUGAGACUAGCAGCAUCAUGCAGAAGCUCAAGAAGAUGCGCUCUCACAUGGACGAGAAACACUGUUCUCCUGUCCACUACUUCUUCUCUGUGUUCACGGCCCACCACUGGGCCUCCCUCAGUGUCUGUCUUCCCAACCUCCACCCUAAAUUCCAGCUCUUUAUCUACAACCAGUUGGUCAGGUUCCUGACAAAGCGGGAGCAGCAGCUAAUGCAAAGACGUCACCAUGCCGAGGAGCUGCUGCAGUGGAAACAGCGGCUGGACCAAGAGGAAGCAGAGGUCCGUAGGAUGGAAAAGGAGGCCCUGGCUGUAUGGGAUAGACAAACACCUCAGGACAAGGACGUGGCAGAGAGUCAGAAAAAGGAGAUCUCUGACAUCAGCCCCAGUCACCAUCUGAGCUCAGAGCCAAGAACUGACAGUGAAAAAGAGUAUGUGAGUGAGGGCGACUCGGCAACACCCGAGUCCAGUAUACACACAGAGGGACUGGGGUCCCAGCAACCAGGAAGCCCAUCCUCAGUACAACCUGCAUCAAUCCCUGAAACACCUUUGACCUCCGUCCAGAGUAGCCCCGCAAAUUACACCCAGGACUUCUCUUCAGCUUCCCAGUCACCUAGCAGACAAUCUCCAUUUAAAGGCAGCCACAGCCCUGCUGCCUCUCCUUCAGACGGAAGCAGCAAAACCAAGAUGCAGCUUCGCUCUUCCUCCCGGACCGCCAACCUGGCCCACGCUCAGCCAACUGACUCCCCAAUGGCUACGCAGACUGAACCCAUUUCAGACCAGAGUGACAUAGAGAGCCGUAUCAAGGCCCUGAAGGAAGAACUCAGAAAACGAAAGUUUAUGGCCUACCAGCUGAAGAAAGAGCAGAAGAAGAGGCACAAGGAGCGCCUGAAGGCACAAGAGGCCAGUCUACUGAAGCAGCUGGAGAGCUAUGAUAACUUCAUUGAGAAAACUAAGGCAGAACUGAACAAGGGGCCAGAUUCAACACCUGAUACAAAGUCCGUGAUCAAAGAUUCCACCUCAGUUGCGGAGCAGUCCAGUAUUAAACUACCUACUCACAGGUCUGAAACCAGCAAAAUCUCUGGCUCUGAAAGGAUGCGAACUGAUACUUCAUUAGACCACAAUGCCCUUCCUCAACCUGAUCAUAGUAGAUCUACCUCAGUGCCUGAAGAAUUGUCUGAUGAAGACCCACCAACAGUCACUCCAACCCCAGUGUAUGGCAGCCCAGAGUGUCAGACUUCAGGACUGAGGAGCCACCUGUUCACAGAGGGGCUUAUACGACCUUCCUCUAAGGAAGACCAGGCACAGAUUAUUGAGUCUGGGGAUGAGAACAUUGAGUCUUAUCAAAGAUCUUACGUUCAGGAAGAGCUGGAGGUCGAAGUAAGCUCCAAAUCUGAGGAUCAACAUUCUCAAUAUCUUCUCAAAUUAGAAAAAGAAGACAGACUUGACUCCCAGGAGAAGCUGCCUACAUCUAAACAUGUUUCCUCUUCCAUGAGUGAAGAACAUCGACAUUCUCCAUCUGUAAGCCUGGAACAAGAUAAACAAAUAAAGACCAGGGAAACAUCUGAAGCAGAGGAAGCUGUAAAAUCGAAUGCCUCUAAUGGGUUACUUUCACUUGCAGUGGACCUCAAACCCUCACCACAUCCAAGCUACAUCUCCUCAUUUAGUGACCAUUCCUACUCCCCUGACUCGGUUGCCUUCUCUUCUAAGAAGGAGGCACCCAUAAAGGAUGUGGAGGUAUCUUCUCCCAUAGUGGAGGGUUAUAAUGAUGACUUCGAGUCAUCAGUAUAUUCUUCACCCAGGGAGGAGCAUCAUAGUUCCAAGCCUGCCUCUCAAAUCUCAGUUUCACCUACUGAGAUCAAGGGCUUGAGUAAGGACUCCUCUCCCCCUCUCUAUGACAGCCAAGAUGAGGAGGUAGAGGAAGAAAUAGAUGAAGAACUGAGUCACCAUUCAGGGAUUAGUGGAGCUAGCCACCAAUCUGAGCGACUGCUAGAUCUUCAUAACCAAACAGAAGACUCUAAACAUGACAGCAAGGACAUUGCUAUUUCCAGCCACUCACCACCCAUCUCUCCUAUGCAGACCCCGCUCUCUCCUGUCAUAGAUGAAAUGUCAACUUUUAACAUUGGAGAUCGGGUUCUUGUUGGUGGCGUUCAGCCCGGCACUCUGAGAUUCAAAGGUCCUACCAGCUUUGCCAAUGGUUUCUGGGCUGGUGUAGAGUUGGAUAAGUCUGAGGGGAGCAACAACGGCACUUACGAUGGGGUGGUGUACUUUGAAUGUGAUGAUAGCCACGGUAUCUUUGCUCCCCCAGACAAGAUCACACACCUGCCAGACAAGUUUGAGAUCUACACUGACACCACAGAGGAUGAGGACUCAUUCUUUGAUGAUCUGUCAGAUAAAGGUGGGGAUAAACGUAAAACAGAUGAGGACAGAUCCCAAAAAGAAGGAAAUCUGAAGAGUGAAAAUGAACAAACAACUCAUAAGGUAUAUGGGUCUGGAGAUAAAAAGGUUACAGAUGAGUCUGUUCACAAGGCUGAAUCUAAUCUCAAUUCACAUAAUUACAACGAAUCCAAGCAUCCCAUCUCUAAUGGCAACUCUAGAGACAUCAUUUUGGAUUUUGAAGAUGCACCAACCACCCUCCUCAUCUCCGACAUAGACAAGAUCUGCCUGGGGAAGCAGAGUCAGAAGGAGAUAACUACCAUUGAAGAGAGAGAAGACAUGGACUCACAACACCAGUUUACUCCUGCAGAUCUCACAGAUAUCGGGGACGAUAAGGGAGAGCAGAAAGACAAAGACAUACUGGACACAUUUGCAGACAAGCUCCUAAACAACUUUAUGAAAGACACUGUGAAGCAGUUUUCUGAAAUUAAAAAGGCUAAAGAGCAGAAGAUAGAAGCUGCCAACCAGAUGAAUGGAGACCUGUUUGGUGAAAAUGAAGAGUGGUUCUCUUCAGUGGAUCAAAAAGAUGGUCUCCCCUUCUUCCUGCCUGCAGAAAAAGAGGAGCUGUCUUCUCCAGAGCUGUGUAACCGACCGGAGAGUCCAGUGUUGGGGGCCAGCGGUCAAGAGGAGCUCGCCAAGCGACUAGCAGAGCUGGAACUGAGCCGUGAACUGCUAGAUGAGCUUGGUGACGAUGAGGACUGGUUUGAUGAGGACUUUGGCCUCAGCUCCCGUAGAGAACAGCAGAGACUCAAACAGAAACAGAGAGAAGAAGAGGAAGAGGCGAGGUUGGGCAGGUCUGGCUCAUCAGCUGGAGCUGCCCUGGGGGGGCUAGUCUCAUCACCAGGUGGGGAACAGCAGGUGAAGACUCCACCUAGACCUGAGUUGCCCCUGCCCUUGCCCCCCAAACUCCCUGAGCAGCCUGCCAUGGUGGUGCCCCACUCAGCCAUAGAGGUGGAAAAGAUGGUCCAUGCUGCCACUCAGGAGAUCUGGGAGAGCUGUGGCCUGGGGAAGGAGGGAGCACUGACCCUUGCACAACUGCCAAACCCCAAACCUUCCCAAGAGUAUCUGGGUAAAGAGGCCAGCAGCCAGGACCAGGAGGCCCUCUCCAUCUGCAGCUACAGAAAGGCUGUGUAUGACCUGACAUGGGAGAUGCUUCAGGAGAUCUAUGCUGAGGACCCCAACACCGAUCAGCCUCAGUGGGUCAAACCACAUCGAGUUAAGUCCUCCUUCUUUCAUAGAGUAAAGACACCAGGAGACAUCACCAAAAUCCAGGAAUACAUCACCGGAGAAGUACUGAAACUGUACGGUCUGACAAAAGAUCAGAGCCAGAAGACUGACUGGCAGAAGAUGCUCAAAUUUGGCAGAAAGAAGCGGGACAGAGUGGAUCACAUACUGGUUCAGGAACUCCAUGAGGAGGAGGCCCAGUGGGUCAACUAUGACGAGGAUGAGCUGUUUGUCAAGAUGCAGCUGGCAGACAGCAUCUUUGAUGCUUUACUGAAGGACACAGCAAACGUACUGACACUAAUCUAUGAUAAGAGGGCCAAAAGAGACACCCUCUCCUGACAGCUUUCCUGCUUAGAUUUUAAAGUACAA